AUGAUAACCAUGGAGCUGAUGUUCGGAGUGCAAAUCAAUUCCGAGAUGGUCAUGCCGAUCACGCUGAGCGGCGUGAACUUAAAGACAAAGGUGGAAACGUUGAAGGAGGAAGCCGCAAAAAAGUGGAACUUGCCAAAGGAUUCGUUCGAAUUUAUUUAUUGCGGGCUUAUACUCGAAGACGACGCAACAGUAGAAUCUAUUGGAUUAAAGAAUGGAUCAAUGGUGCAUGCACUGCAAAAGAAAGAACCAGAAUCGUCAAUAUUGAAUAAACCUGUAUCGGAAGAUUGCAUCUUACAGCUGGCAUCAGCGUUUAAGUCAUUUUACGAGACCCCAACGUUUAGGCUUGCUUUGCACCGUUUAAGUAAGAGGCCAGAGGUGAUAGACAAUAUAGUUUCCUCCUCUCCUGGACUGCACGAGGAUGCGGUCGCCAUUGCCAUGUUGCAGGAUCCUGAUUUAAUGGCACAUUUUAUAGAUGUUAAUACUGUUAGAAGAAUUGCAAAGCUGCAUCCGGUGCUGAUCGAAGCGGCACAGAACAUCGCGGCAGCCGUGCACGAGGAAGCGCACAACGCGGCUUCCAGCGGCUCCUCCAGCAGCUCGGUGGCCAGCUCGCAGCCGGCCACCGCUCGUUCCUACAGCGUGGACAGCAUGAGCCUGGAAGAAGAGAUGGCGCGCGACAUCGCCCACUUUUUUGCCACGCAGCCGAUAAACGACAGCAAUCUGCGUUUUCACAACAUGCCACCGACGGCCGCGGCAAAUUCGCAGGCCACGUCGCAGCGGCCGGACAUUAAUCCGCUUCCGUCCUCUACGUCUGACGGCGUAGCGCAUCAACUCGCGGCCGACAAUCAGAGUACGGGCGUGAUCACGUCGCAGAUGUUUAUGGAGGCGAUGAGACAGGCCGCGCUGGCGACAUCGGGGAAUCCGAAUCCGCAGCAGGCAGUCGCAGCGUCACCAGCCGCGACCUCCCUGUCGCCGGUGUUACCGCUGUUCUCGCCGCCGAUUAACGAUCUGCAGCGGCAGCUGGCACAAAUGCAUGAGAUGGGCCUUCAGGACGACACGAUAAACAUUCAGGCGCUACAGUUUACUAAUGGCGAUGUGCAGGCGGCCAUCGAACUCGUGUUUAGUGGUUUCUAUGACAAUUAACGUGGACAAGGACGAUUGAGACAAGGUAAUAAAAUGUGAUUGCCGUUUAUGUGCGACAAAUGACGUCUGUCGUAAGACAGUGCUUUCCGCGAAUGAGUCAGCCUGGACACCCACGACACAUGUUCCCAAUUUGUAACAUAACUUGAUGCUGAGUCAUGAGAGAAUGUGUUCAAGAUGCUUGUGAAAUUUUCUCUUUAAGGAAGACUAUUUUCUAUGAUUUUUUUUAGGUACAUUGUUCAUUGGUAUUAAUGGUAAUAGCAAGAUCUGUGACAUCUUUGUCUUUCAAGAACUCCGUAAAGAUUGCUGUUCUAAUUUCUCUGAGCAGUAGUAUGUUAUAGUUUGUUAUUUAGGUAGACUGGAGAAAAAUGGACAUUAUGUAAAAAAAAACUAUUUAAUGAAAUACUGAAACUACCUGCUAAAUACCAUGUAUGAAUUUUUAUAUUUCCGACAAUUUUGCAUUUAUGUAUUUUGCUCAAGUGAAAUUAACUUUCAUUUCUCUCUUCCAUACGAUGUUUUCCAUAUUUUUGCGUUGUUACAAUAUAAAUGAACCAAAACAUUCAUACAUAUCACAUAUAUUGUAGUUAUCUACAAAUUCUAAUCAUUAACGAUACGUCAUUUAAACAUUUGUUAUUUCUUUCAUGCUUUUUUUUAUACGCCUGUCAGUUUUACAUGGAUAAUCGGUUUUACAUAAGCAUGAAAAAUUAUGCAAAGUUGUCAGAGAUUCAACCGAAAUUUAACAUAUUUGAAAAACAAUAAAAAAUAUAAAUAUAUA